CCCGCCUCCUGCACCCAGUCACCGCUCCCACACCCCCACCACCCCUGCCCCACCACCUCCUCCUCCUCUCCUCUCCUUCGGCCCGAUGCACUCCACCACCUCCAUCACCUCCCUGUUCUCCUUCACCAGCCCGGCGGUGAAGAGGCUGCUGGGCUGGAAGCAGGGCGACGAGGAGGAGAAGUGGGCCGAGAAGGCGGUGGACUCGCUGGUGAAGAAGCUGAAGAAGAAGAAGGGCGCCAUGGAGGACCUGGAGAAGGCCCUGAGCAGCCCCGGCCAGCCCAGCAAGUGCGUCACCAUCCCGCGCUCGCUGGACGGCCGGCUCCAGGUGUCGCACCGCAAGGGCCUGCCGCACGUCAUCUACUGCCGCGUGUGGCGCUGGCCCGACCUCCAGUCCCACCACGAGCUCAAGGCCCUGGAGUGCUGCGAGUUCCCCUUCGGCUCCAAGCAGAAGGACAUCUGCAUCAACCCCUACCACUACCGCCGCGUCGAGACCCCAGUGCUGCCCCCUGUGUUGGUCCCACGCCACAGCGAGUUCAACCCCCAGCACAGCCUCCUGGCCAAGUUCCGCAAUGCCUCACUGCACAACGAGCCCCUGAUGCCCCAGAACGCCACGUACCCCGACUCCUUCCCCCCGCUGCCCUGCAACGUCUUCUCCUCCUCCCCUGCUGGCUCCUACGUCCAAUCGCCGAGCACCGUCAGCUACCCCAACUCCCCCAGCAGUGCCACCGACCCCGGGAGCCCCUACCAGAUGACCGCCGAGACUCCGCCCCCUCCGUACAGCAUGACGGAGACCGCCGCCACCGAGGACAUCAAGCCGGGUGACUCUGCCGCCAAGCUGAUCUUCUCCGCCCCCCACAGAGCGGACCUGCGCCCGGUGUGCUACGAGGAGCCGGAGUACUGGUGCUCGGUGGCGUACUACGAGCUGAACAACCGCGUGGGCGAGACCUUCCACGCCUCGUCGCGCAGCGUCCUGGUGGACGGCUUCACCGACCCCUCCAACAACAAGAACCGCUUCUGCCUGGGCCUGCUGUCCAACGUCAACCGCAACUCCACCAUCGAGCACACGCGCCGGCACAUCGGCAAAGGCGUGCACCUGUACUACGUGGGCGGGGAGGUGUACGCCGAGUGCCUGAGCGACAGCAGCAUCUUCGUCCAGAGCCGCAACUGCAACUACCAGCAUGGCUUCCACGCCACCACCGUCUGCAAGAUCCCCAGCGGCUGCAGCCUCAAGAUCUUCAACAACCAGCUCUUCGCCCAGCUGCUCUCCCAGUCCGUCAACCACGGCUUCGAGGUGGUGUACGAGCUCACCAAGAUGUGCACCAUCCGCAUGAGCUUCGUCAAGGGCUGGGGUGCGGAGUACCACCGCCAGGACGUCACUAGCACCCCCUGCUGGAUCGAGAUACACCUGCACGGGCCUCUUCAGUGGCUGGACAAGGUUCUGACCCAAAUGGGCUCCCCGCACAAUCCCAUCUCCUCCGUGUCCUAACGACCGACGAAACCCGACGCCGUAGGGGGACAGGGGGCGGGGGCGGAACUCUCCGGAACUCUCCGGACUCUAAACGGAGUGGGGAUCGCUCGUCCUGCCAGUCAUUUCAAUCGUAAACACUCUAAAUGCAUUGGAAUACGUUAUUGUGCAGCUGAGUAUCUAAGUGUACGUGUUUCGUUUUUUUUUUUUUUUUUUUUUUAAUUCUACAGCAUUCGCAGAUCUGUAUAAUGUCUUGACAUGAUGCUCAAAUAACAAAACAAUUAUGGGAUUUGCAUAUUUGGUACUUUUGUGCUGCCCUACAUUACAAAACACGGGCCUCAAUUGAAAAUGAAAUGAAAUGGACGUAAGAUGAGUUUGUUUUGCUUCAUUUUCUUUGAGCCUUGUUUUUUGUGAUGUAGGGAAGCACAUGAUGAUUGGUCAUUUCAGAACACUCCAUGUAAGUCUUUUGGCUUGUGUGAUUUAAUCGUUUUUGUUUUUCUAUAAAAAUAUAUAUGCAUUAGCCUCUGGCUCCUUU